AUGGCCCUUACUUUGCAGAAGGAAAGGGACUGGAAGAAGGGCCUUCGAAGUAUAGCCUCAGCAAACACCAAGAGGGGGCUGGGACAGAAAGAAGGACCUCCGAAAUUUGCCCUCAGAAAACACCAAGAGGUAGAAAGGGACUGGAAGAAGGGCCUUCGAAGUAUAGCCUCAGGAAACACCAAGAGGGGGCUGGGACAGAAAGAAGGACCUCCGAAAUUUGCCCUCAGAAAACACCAAGAGGGGGCUGGGACAGAAAGAAGGACCUCCGAAAUUUGCCCUCAGAAAACACCAAGAGGUGGAAUAGUAGCAGGUGGGGAACUACUGCCAAAAUUGGGGACCAGUAAACACCAUGAGCCUCAGGAAACACCAAGAGCAACUUAUUCUGCAGGUGGAAUAGUAGCAGGUGGGGAACUACUGCCAAAAUUGGGGACCAGUAAACACAAUGAGGUAGAAAGGGACUGGAAGAAGGGCCUUCGAAGUAUAGCCUCAGGAAACACCAAGAGGGGGACUGGGACAGAAAGAAGGACCUCCGAAAUUUGCCCUCAGGAAACACCAAGAGCAACUUAUUCUGCACGUGGAGAACUACUGCCAAAAUUGGGCGCCAGUAAACACCAUGAGGUCAGUCCACUACUAUAUAAUGGAACUGGAAGAGGGACCUUCGAGGUAUGGCCUCAGGAAACACCAAGAGCCCACAUAUUCAGCAAUUUAUUCUGCUGGAGGAAUAGUAGUAGGUGGAGAACUACUGCCGAAAUUGGGAGUCAGAAAACACCGAUGGGAAGGGCCUUCGAAGUAUGGCCUCGGGAAACACCAAGAGGUGGACUAGAACAGAAAGGACCUAAAUUUUUCCUCAGAAAACACCAAGAGGUUGAAUGACAGUGAGAACGGCUGGGGAAAUUGGGCAUCAGAAAGCACCACGAGCUGGAAUGCAAGAGAAAGAAUGGCGACCGCCGAAAACAUGGUCAAAAGGGACAGGACAGUGGUUCUUCGAAGUUUGGCCGCCGGAGACAUCAAAACUUCAUGUCGGGUGUCAAUUUGCUCUUUUAUUCAGUUGCUUUUAAUACGUGAUUAAACUUUGUCUUUCUUUGA